AGUGUUUCAAGAAGGUGAAGCCUCCAAUGUUGGUUCCAGCUGCGAAUCAACACGCACACAGAGAACAAAUAUCUGCAAUAAAAUAACCAGUUAACCACUACCAACAGCUUCAGAGUAGAUAGAUCACUAUAUUCCAAAAAGUAGAAAGGGGUUAGAAGCUAUUUAGCAAAGCGUUUGUUCAUUAAUCAAGAGUUUGGCCAAGUACUUCUGAAGUUUGACAGAGACAUCGGAGAUGUACGCCUCAGGAAACAUUCCCAAAGGUGCGUUCUUGUUACCCCUCACUCUGUUUCUCAUCGUGCUACUCCUUCCUCUGCUCAGAAACUUCAUGCAACCAUCUUCAAACACUUUUCCCACCACCAACUUGGAAACCAACCAAACAAAAAAGUGCAACAUUUUUUCCGGAAAUUGGGUCCCAUAUCCCCAGCAACCUUACUACUCUAACCAAACCUGCCCUUUCAUACUAGACCAGCUUAAUUGCAUCAAGAAUGGAAGACCAGACACAGAUUUUCUCAAAUUAAGGUGGAAACCUCAUGAUUGUGAGCUCCCACUAUUUGAUGCAACACAGUUCCUGGAACUGGUACGAGGAAAGUCUAUCGCCUUUGUCGGAGACUCAAUGGGAAGAAAUCAACUUGAGUCUUUACUGUGCCUAAUAAAUACUGUUGCACAUCCUGAGGAUAUUACAGCGAAGCAUACAUCAUAUGAUGACAUAUUUUUCAGAUGGUGGUUCGUGGCUGAUUACAAUUUCACUGUCACAACACUGUGGUCGCCCUUUUUAGUAAAGUUCAAUGACUCCGAUCCCAGUGGUCGUGCUUACUACAGCGCCACCAAGCUUUAUCUAGACGAGGCAGAUGAGGCAUGGAGCAGCAAAAUCAAGAAUUUUGACUAUGUGGUUUUCUCAACAGGACAAUGGUUCUUCCGACCGUUAACAUUCUACGAAAAAGGGCAAGUUGUGGGGUGUCAAAAGUGCCAGAACUCCACAGAGCUGAACUUCUACGGCUACAAGAAGGCGUUCCAAACAGCUUUUAGGACGCUGAGAAACAUUGAAGGGUUCAAAGGGGUGGCGUUUUUGGUGAGUCACUCUCCGGAGCACUUUGAGAACGGGGCGUGGAAUGAGGGAGGGAGUUGUAACAGGACCAAGCCCUUUAGCUUGGAAGAAAAAGGGGUGUAUGAAAGUGGAGACAUUGUGAAGGCCUUGCAUGAGAUUCAAGUGGAGGAGUUUAAUGCGGCAAGAGAAAAGGGUUUGAGGUUUGGUUUGAUAGAUGUAACUGAUGCAAUGGUGGUGAGGGCUGAUGCACACCCCAGUAGGUUUAAGCCUGGGAAUAAGAAGGUUAAUGACUGUGUUCACUGGUGCCUACCAGGUGCUGUUGACACUUGGAAUGAGUUUUUGCUGUAUUUGAUGAAAUUGGAAGGUGAAAAACAUAAUACCAUGUUGUGAUCUUGUCAAUGUUUUGCAUUGUUGGGGGUGAUUUUCAACGAUCACCAAAUGGUUCAGGAACAAGGAUAGUUUAAUUAUUAGGGAUGCUUCUUGUAAGUUAUAACUGGUCAGAGUUGCUUGGCCUGGCUAGUUAAUACCAUUUUUGUUUUGCUCUCAAAUCAAGGUGCGUACGAUUUCUAACAAGACUGUGUUUGAUAUUCCAGAAGUGUAUUUAUCAACAUUUAAUCGAAAAAUUUUCUUUUUGCAGUGGUCUAAAA